AUGCAAAAUUCAAAGAAACUCUCAACAAAGCUCUACGUUGAUGACGGCCUUGUAUUCUCAUCGAGCAUAAACAUUUUGAAUAAUCUGAUGCAAUAUCUCAAAAUUGAUUACAAAGUCAAAGAGUUUGAAGCUUCAUAUUUUCUGGGGCUUCAUAUCAUAUCCUCGGAAUCAAAACUCAUCAUCAACCAGAAGCAAUACUGUAAACGAGUCCUGAGAAAUUUCAAUAUGGAAUCUUCAUCACCAGUAAGUACACCUGCUGAUCCAAACAUCAAAUUUGAAACUACAAAAGAAGAGAAGAAGUUAACAUUUCCAUUUCGAGAAGCUAUCGGAAGUCUUAUGUACCUGGCUGUUGCCAGCCAGCGGAUAUUGCUUAUGCGGUGA